UCAAUAUAUCAAUUGAUUAUUUCAAUUGAUAUGAUGUUGACGUUAGUCGCCUUUGUUACGGCUGCGUGAAUAUUAUUUGUUUUCUAAUAAGAAAAUAGGAUUUUGAAACCAAUUAAAACUCAUUUUUAUGUAGUUUUAAAGCAGUUUAAUGAUAUAUAUUUUAAAAUAACUUUUAUUGUAAAUAACGCUUUUACGUACAUGUUUAAAACUCGUUUCUUCAAGGAAUAGUCGGUUACUUUUUUAAAUCAUGGAUAGAAAUGAAAGAACUGCUUCCCCGAAUGUUAGGCAAAAUGUCAGUUUUAAAUUUACAAAAACUUCAUCUUCAAAAUCUUUGUCUGGUAAUAAACUGGAAGAACCUGUUAAACCUAGAGACUAUGUUAAAUCUGUUGAUGAGAGUGAAAUUAAAAGUACUGCACCAGAAUUGAAAUCUCAAGAGCUAGUCAUACCUCUUAUAAGAAAGAAUAAUUGGAGAGUACCUGAAACUUCUCAACCAAAGGAUGGUGAAGCUACACUUAAUGAGCUUGCUCUUAAAGAGCUUCUUCAAGAAACUGCAGAUAAAAAAGCGGAUUGGAAUAACAGAGACACAACUAUGGCGAUUCCUCUUAUGAUGCAAAAUAAAGUCCCCGAGGGCUUUGAAACAGAUGAUAAGCUAGAUGUUUCCCUCAGAGCCCAAGAAUCAACUUUAGAAGACUAUGAAAAAGUGCCCGUAGAACAAUUUGGUUUAGCUAUGCUGAGAGGAAUGGGCUGGAAGGAAGGAAUGGCUAUUGGAGCCAGAAAUAAAGAGUGUGUUAAACCUAUUGAAGUAAAAUUGAGACCAAAGGGGUUAGGUCUUGGAGCUGAUGCAUCAGUCUUGAAAAAAAAUGAAAAGAAAGCAAAAGAAGAAAAGCUGGAAUUAAUAAAAGGUGCAUUUGUACAGAUCAUCCAAGGACCUCAUAAAGGUCAUUAUGGACAGGUCAUGGGUUUAGAUGAAGAAACUGGUCGUGCUAUGAUCAAGCUGAGCAAUGAAGAGGCAGUGAAGAGCCUUCCUGAAUUCUUUUUUAACCUUGUAAGUAAAAAAGAAUUUGAUAAAGAAAGCCGAAUCAUAAAUAGAGAAUCCUAUGAGAAAUAUAAAAUGAAAGAGGAAGAAGAAAAUAAGGAAAAGCAAAAAUAUAAUUCCUCUGAUUCUAGGAGUAAUGGAAGAGAAGAUCAGGACUCUUAUGAGUAUGAAUCGAAGAAGAGUAAAAAGCAUUCAAAGAAACGUAAACAUAGUAGAGAAAGAAGUGAAGAAAAUGAAUCAUCAAGUAAAGCAAAGUCAAAAAUUUGGAUUAGACCACAGCUAAAAGUUCGUUUCAUUGAUGAAAAAUAUAAAAAAGGGAAAUAUUUCAAUAAAAAAUUGAUUGUUGUUGAUGUUAUAUCAUCUAAUCGUUGUUCAUUGAAGACAGAAGAUGAUAGAACUCUUCUUGAUGAUAUAUCUCCUUCAAUGUUAGAAACUGUUAUACCCAGAGAUGAAUCAGCAUAUGUUAUGAUUGUUCAUGGAAAGCAUCAAGGAGAACUAUGUACUAUAUUGAAACGAGAUAAAGCAAAUUGUAUGGCUACUGUUCAAUUUCUCUCAGACAGGGAUCGAGCUUUGAAAAUUGACUAUGACUCUAUUUGUGAAUAUGUUGGUGAUGUUGCUCAGUAUGAUUAGUGCUGUUUGGUCACAGUAAAAUUAUAAAACACUGCACAUUUUUGAUGGAUUUUAGUUCAAACCAUGUAAAUAACUUGUUCCUCCUGGAACAAAGGCGUUUUAUCUGUACAGUUUUGUUAAAGGAAAUGUGGAUAUUUAUUAAAUAAAUUUGUUUUAUUUUACUUA